AACAGUGUGACAAUAUCAGUUGCAGCGUCAGGCCGGUGGCUGGAGGGUAUUCGAAAAUGGUAUUACAAUGCCGCAGGGUUCAAUAAACUGGGGUUAAUGCGCGAUGACACAAUACAUGUGAAUGAAGAUGUCAAAGAAGCCAUAAGAAGGCUUCCUGAGAACUUGUAUAAUGACAGGGUGUUUCGAAUUAAGAGAGCAUUGGACCUGACCAUGAGGCAGCAGAUCUUGCCUAAAGAGCAGUGGACAAAGUAUGAGGAGGAUAAAUUCUACCUUGAACCAUAUCUGAAAGAGGUUAUUCGGGAAAGAAGAGAGAGAGAAGAAUGGGCAAAGAAAUAAUCAAGUAAUGGAAAUAUGUGGAUGCAGCUGUCCUCAAAAUAUUUUUAUUAUGUUGUAUAAACCUGAAAUGUACAAUUUAGAAUUAUCUGGGCUGCAAAUGUAUUACUUUAAAUAAAUGUCUAUUAUAAUUUUUGUUGGA